UCCUGGUCACCCUACCCCAGUAAAUCUCUGGAACUGCCUCUUCAACCGUCCUGGUCACCCUACCCCAGUAAAUCUCUGGAACUGCCUCUUCAACCGUCCUGGUCACCCUACCCCAGUAAAUCUCUGGAACUGCCUCUUCAACCGUCCUGGUCACCCUACCCCAGUAAAUCUCUGGAACUGCCUCUUCAACCGUCCUGGUCACCCUACCCCAGUAAAUCUCUGGAACUGCCUCUUCAACCGUCCUGGUCACCCUACCCCAGUAAAUCUCUGGAACUGUACAGGACAGUGUCCCAAUGUGUGCUUAAACACCUCUCAUUUGAGCCACAGUCUCCACAACUCUACUUUUGACACAAAAUACUAUAGUCCAUGAUAGUACAUGUAUUAAGGUGAAAUGAUUGUCAUAAAAAGAGGAAGCCCUGGUGUAGCUUUUAUUUGGACUGCAGAGAUCACAUCUGUGCUGUAAACGUAUAUCUAUAAACAUUCUCAGAUCAGAUUCUGUGUAGUCAGGUGUAAUAAGGAAGGAAAGAGGACUUUGGUCCGAGACACUGGUCUGAAGCAGUACGUAACGUGAGUCUUGUGAUAAGCUCGACGCUCCUCUGACCGUGACAAGGAGAGACGACCUGCAGACUUCACUAAAGGGGUGCUGUGACAUCAUUAAGGGGUGCUGUGACAUCAUCAUCGGCAAUGGAGGGGAGGAGUGUUCUGAGGCGUGCUCAAUCUCUACGGAGCGUCUCUACGGCUGACGGAGACAAGCCCACCUGGGCGGAGGCGGGGUUUAGGGACAGGAUGAAGUCCAUCUCCUCCGUAUCUCAGACCAGAUACCAAGCCAGCCCUUCAGUGGAGGUCCCCACUCCGAACCAUGUGGAGCACAGGACUGAGAGAACCCAGCAUCAGUCCUCCUUCUCAUCCGUCAGUGAGAAAACAAAGCUGGAGUCCCUGAUGAGAAACAAUGGAGAGAAGACCAGGAUCCAGCCCAGUGUGUCUGAAGUGAGGGAGAAGACCUGCGGGUUGACCAGCCUGUCAAGGGAGAAGUCCCAGAGGUCGACCAGCCUGUCAGGGGAGAAGUCCCAGAGGUCGACCAGCCUGUCAAGGGAGAAGUCCCAGAGGUCGACCAGCCUGUCAAGGGAGAAGUCCCAGAGGUCGACCAGCCUGUCAAGGGAGAAGUCCCAGAGGUCGACCAGUCUCUCCCGCAGUAAGUCCAUGUCCAGUCUCCCUGGCCCCUCUCCCAGAGCCGACCCGGCCGGGGGGAUCGGAGCCCUGAAGGCUCUCUUCGAGUCAAAGGUCACCAAGGGGGAGGUGAAGAGCAUCAUGGGAGCUGUAGGCCAAACACCACCGCGUCCCAAGAUGGCAGCUGCGGCCCCAGCCGUCAACGGGUUGGUGGAGGAGAGAAAGAGACCUAUAGAGGAGAAAGGGUCACUGACAGCUGUACCAUCACCUGCACCACCAGCUAGACAGGUGGGGAGUAUGACUCGCUCAGAGAGGAGGAAGACCAUCAGUGGUGUCAAUCUGGACAAGAUAUCUACAGCAUCUCAGGAUGAUGACAAGAGGAAGUCGAUCUCAGACCUCAGAGACGGCAGCUCCUCCUCCUCCUCCAACCCGGCCAGGGACAAACCGGACGCUUCUGUCUCUGUCAGAGCCAUAUCUGCUCUCUAUCUGUCCAAGGUAGCGGCUGCAGAGUCAACGGCUCAAGAUCUGUCCUCUCCAACCAAGAGAGGAGGGAAACCAUCCAAGUUCCAGCCGUGCAAACAGGACGUGUGUUCAUCCUGCCUGAAGCCAGUCUAUCCUAUGGAGAAAAUGACUGCUGAUAAAUUCAUAUUUCACAAGAACUGUUUCUGCUGUAAGCACUGUCAGAAGAAGCUCAGCAUGCACAGCUAUGCUCCGCUGUAUGGGGAGUUUUACUGUGUAUUCCACUACCAGCAGCUGUUCAGGAGGAAAGGGAACUAUGAUGAGGGCUUUGGCCACACCCAACACAAAGACCGCUGGCUGCAGAGAACCAACGAGACGCCGGGGUCUAACGGCACUGAUGUCAUAUAGAGGUCCCUGAUUGCUGACAUGGUGACCAUGACAACACUGAAUCACAGAAUCUUUGGAGUCACCUGGGUUAUGUACUCCUUGUACAUCCUGUAUACACGGAGUCGCUUGACAGUAAUCAGCAUCAGAGUCCACUUUAUAGACACAAUUACAGAGAAAUUAUAUUAUGUUUUAUUUCUGAGACAAGAUCUCUCCUGAUGAUCCCAAAAAUUAUUCUGGCUUCAUUUUUUCUAUAUCAGCAAAAUGAUUCUGAUUUCAUAUUUUCCAUAUCAGCAAAAUAUUGGGUAUUUGGGUAUUUUAUUAGGAUCCCCAUUAGCUGUUGCAAAAGCAGCAGCUACUCUUCCUGGGGUCCACACAAAACAUGAAACAUGACAUAAUACAGAACAUUAAUAGACAAGAACAGCUCAAGGACAGAACUACAACAAUAAAAGAAAUGGGACACCAAGCCUACAUAUCAAUA